CUGAAUACAGGUAGGAAGAACAAAUCUACGGUACUUGUGUCAAUGUCGUUGGUCCGCGGAACUCAUUUGGGUUUGGAAAUUAACAUGCGGCUCUGAUCCGAGUGUCACUGCGGGGAUUCGGAGGGUGAAACCGGAUUACUUUCAGCUCGGACGGGAUAAAGUGUGUGUUUUUCCCCCUAAAGAUUAAAAAAGACAAGAAAUUCUGCAAGAAUGAAGAGUUUUCCCGUGAUGGCUCUGCUCCUGUGGCUGUGUUGUGUGUUUUAUGUUGGUAUUUUCCUGUUCGUGGGCGGUUUCCUGUUGGUGCGUUUGGAGGUCAACAGGACGAGCACCUGCGAGGACGUCUUGCCUCCAUCUUCUGACGGUACAUCACCAGACUUCUGCUCUGAACACCCUCGCGUACGCAGAGCCGUCAUCCUCAUCAUCGACGCCCUGAAAGCCGAUUUCGCUCGUUACGACCCGGGAAACCCGUCCCCCAGAGCGUUCGAGAACAAGCUGCCGGUCCUGGGAGAGAUGGUGGCGUCUCGGGGGUCGCACUCCAGGCUGUACACGUUUAGAGCCGAUCCUCCGACCACCACAAUGCAGAGGAUUAAGGGCUUCACCACCGGAUCUCUACCCACCUUUAUAGACGUGGGGAACAACUUUGCCUCGAGCGCCGUGUUAGAGGACAACCUGAUCCAUCAACUCGGUCAAGCAGGGAAACGAGUGGUCUUCAUGGGAGACGACACGUGGGUCAGUUUGUUCCCCAAGAAGUUCCACCGCUCGCUGCCGUUCCCCUCCUUCAACGUCAAAGAUCUGCACACCGUGGACAACGGAAUCCUCCAGAACAUCUUUCCUAUUAUGGAUGGAGAUGACUGGGACGUGCUCAUCGCUCACUUCCUGGGUGUGGAUCACUGCGGUCACCGAUUCGGGCCGGACCACCCUGCCAUGGCGGAGAAGCUCACGCAGAUGGACGGAGUUAUCAGGUCAGUGAUAAAGCAGCUGCAGAACGACACUCUGUUGGUGGUGAUGGGGGAUCACGGGAUGACCGACACCGGAGAUCACGGAGGAGAAAGUGAAAAGGAAACGGAUGCUGCUCUGUUUCUCUACAGCGGCUCUCCUCUGUUUCCAGCUCCUGAUGCUCAGCAGGUUGAGCCAGAAGUGGUGCCUCAGACGGAUUUAGUGCCUACCUUGGCCUUGCUUCUGGGAGUUCCCAUCCCUUACAGCAGCUUGGGGCAGGUGAUGCUCCCCUUUUUCCCCAGAAACAGUCUGCUGGAUGCACCUGUGGUUCUCAGCCAGGUGGAGGCGCUGUGGAUCAACGUCAAACAGGUGCAUCGGUUUUUGGAGACCUACUCCAGCAUGGCCAAAGACAUUCCAGCAGACAGUUUGUCUCAACUGCGAGCAAAGUUCUCCAAAAUCUCCUCCAAAUACAUGAGCUCGAUACACGAAGGAGUUCCUCCUCCCUCUGAACUGGUGGCCUCCAUGCAGGAAUACCUAAGCUCCGUUCGAGAGAUCUGUCGUGCCUCCUGGGCUCGUUUCCACCCUCUUAAAAUGGCAGUGGGGCUGCUAGUCCUGGGGUUCGGGUGCAUUUUGUGCUAUGUUAUCUCAGAACUCUCUGCUGUGGUUCUCCAGGGUGGCAUGUUGAAGACGCCGGUGCUUGCAGGGCUCCUGGUCGGGGGAGCGGUAGGCAUGGGUCAAAUAUUAAUGUUGGGGUAUGUGGAAGUCUCGUGGUGUUUGGGAGCCGCUGUGUUGUUUUCUGAGGCUUUAUUUCUUUGGAGGGCUCGGAGGGCAAGUCCUCGCAGUCGACCGUCUCACUGGCGCCUUUUAACUCCUCCACUGCUCGUCCUCCUCCUGCGCUGCGCCUCCUUGCUUUCGGACAGCUAUGUGAUCUCUGAGGGACGUGUGGUCACGUUCUUACUGUUUAGCCUUAGUCUGUACAUUCCACUUCAGCUCAACUGGAAUGGACUUUUGGUGCCUGCAGCUUCUGCUGAUACUCAGAAACCUCCCGGACUUCUUGCCCCUUCAUUGCUGCCCUCGGUUGUCCGGCGCGAGAGCAGCACUUUGCUUGUUUGCACAGGCAUCUUAGUGGCAUGCCUCUACCUUUCUCUGUCAUUCCACAAUUGUCGUGAAGAACAGGGAGCCUGCCAGCCUUCAGCGUUCUUGACGCCACUCUCACGGGUUCAGGAUAGUCGUCUGCGCAACUUGCACUAUGUUCUGUCUCUGGCAUCGCUUUCCGCGUGGGCGUUCCUGCUACACCGUUGGUUACGUCACUACGGGAACCUGAACUGCACAGGAGUCGUCGUGUUUACAGCUCGCUGCCUGCUUCCUCUUGCCUCUGUCUGCACCGGACUGCACUGGGCUGUCAGCGCAACUCCAGAAGACACCUUUAGGAACCUGGCAGAGCUGAUUAGCUUAGCGCAUGUGAUUCUUCCACGGAUUGUCUUCGGUCUUCUAGGCCUCGGGAUUUUGCUCUUGUGGCUGGACCCGCUUACUGUGUUCCUAAAGACACGAGCACCUUUAACGUCUCGGGGUGCCUCCAUGCCUCUGCCGAGGUACCGGGCUAGCACCGGAAUCAGCCCUCAAGCUGAGCUGCACCAUCUUAUACCGCAGUUAUAUCAGCGGAUCCGCCACUCCCUUGAUGAUGAAGGAGACAAGGGGACAGAUCAAGAUGGACGGCCAGCGGUAGAGGCCUACGGACUGGGAACCGUCUAUUCCGCACCCCUGGUCUUGCUAUGUGGUCUGAUGGGUCUUGGGAUGCUGCUGCUACACUCCGAAGGCAUGGCGCUAGCCUUCUUGCUGCUCCAGCUACAGGCUGCGGCUCUACUCCAUCUUCAUGCGUCCUCCAGCAAUCUUUCCAGCCAACAGAAUCACUCCAGUGUCUUCAGUGUCCCCUGGGCGCCGGUGGUUCUGUGGUCUCUGGCUGCCUCGCAGUUUUUUCACGCCACAGGUCACCUCCCUACAUUCCCGUCCAUCCAAUGGGGUGCUGCGUUUGUGGGUUUCCCUCAAGGACACACAGGGACCGCACUGCCUGCCUUGCUGGUCACCCUCAACACCUUUUCCUCACACAUCCUGUUUGCCCUCGGCUGCCCGUUGCUGCUCUUCUGGCCCUUGGUGCGCGAGCUGCGUGGGUCCCGGACCAGCCAGACGUGUGGAGAUGAUAACGGCGACGAGGUCAUCAUGGAGAUGAGACUGAGAGAAAACCCACAACAGUUCAGUUCCGCUUUACUGCAGCUCACAGCACGCUACCUGUUCGUUAACGGAGCACAGGUUUUGGCGUCGGUUUGUGCUGCUGCUAUUCUCAGGAGACACCUUAUGGUGUGGAAAGUGUUUGCACCCAAGCUGAUGUUCGAGGCCAGCGCCUUUAUCGUAGGCAGCAUGUUUGCUCUCAUCGGGGUCGCGCUGGUCAUGAGGGUCGACACUGCCGUGGCUCGCUUAUUUCAAAGACUCCUUCCGGAGAGUUCCAGGUAGUACCACCUACUGUGUUCCUCCUACAGUUUUAUCCAUCAUCCAUCCAUCUGUCCAGCCAUCUGUCCAUCCGACAGGCCGCACACCACUGCCAGCACCAUGGACGGAAAGGACAAUGGAGGAAAACAGGCCUCAAAAUGGUCUUGCAGAAAUGGACUUCUGCUCUUAACACACACACACUAACACACACACUCUGAGCCAUCUGACAUAACUGCUGCCUUGAUAGUUGGGGAAAACCCAAGGUGUGUAAGAGAGCUGUUGAGAAAGAUGUUUUGUUUUUUUGGAACUGCUGUAUACAGGUUUUUUUUUUACUGAAGGGCUUUUGUAUUAGAAACUCUCUUACACACACACACACACACACACACACACACACAUAUACAAGCACAUUCUGAUAGCUGCUAUGAGGAAACCUUGGAGGAACUCAGUCUAUCCGGCGAACAUGCUCCAAUUUUACCCAGAAUGCUGUAUUGCCCUUGUUUGACCUCUACCUGAAAAAAAUGCUUUAAUCCAUUAAUCUGUUCAGCCUUUUCACUUCUUCUUUAAACAGCUUUGGAAGCUUCAGCUUCCAUCAGUAAUGUCCUCCUGCUCGUCAUCUUGUAGAUCGCGAAACAGCUACAGUACGCUGAAUUAUCGCUGUAACUCUGGAGUUUCUUUCGGCUUUUUGUUUUUUCGGGAGGCAAAAGCACAAUUCAGUCAUUAAACACUAUAAGGACAAAAGUUUGUGGACACCUGACGAUGAUUCGUACGUAGAUUUUAAACAUCCCAUUCCACAUUCAGUCCCCGUUUCCUUUUAUAAGAACCUCCACUCUUCUGGGAAGAUGUUCCACUAGAUUCUGGAGUCUCAGAGAGAUUUGUGGCUCGUUCACCCACAGGAGUGAUCCAAUUCAUUCCGAUAGGGUUGGAGCUCUAUCGCAGGAGAUCCUCCACUCCAACCCAUGUAAUGCAGAUCUUCGUGGAGGGUACAGGGGUCUUGUCAUGCUGGAACAAGUUGCUAUGGGUCUCCUGGAUCAAUUGAAGGAAAAUUCCAUGCUACUUCACCCAAAGACGUCAGAUAUGGGUGAAAAAGUCAGGUGUCCCAAUAAGGUUUUUUUUUCAGCAAAUUCAUUGUUCUCACAUUUCUUAACGAGUGACAAUUGCUUUCCUUCCGUCUUGGACUUUCUGCUAACGUUCAUGUGAGGUCGGAUCCUACGGAUGUCCUAAGAAGACAUGCAUUGUAAUUUUUUUUCGUUCUUAUUUUCUCGUGGUCACACCUUAAUUUUCCUGCCAUAACAAAAGUCGUCUCAUUAUCACGACUUGACAUAAAAGUAUUUUUCUCGAUAUUACGAUUUAAUUAUCGCGUAAUCUCGACAUUAGUUUUCUCGUCGAUUCGACCCGGUUUUCUCAAACGUAAUUCUAUCGCAAGGAUAUCUUGCAUAUCGUGAACGUUUCCGGUGUAUAUGACGGAGUCUGCGUCGUAUUAACGAGACAAUAACUUUUGUUAUAGCGAGAAAAUUAAGUCCCGAUCACAAGACAAUUAUUCGAAUCUAUGGCCUCUUAGGACUUUCUAUGAAUCCAAUAACUUACAUGCCAUUAUUUAUUUAUUACCAUCAACCAAACUCGGCAUGUCUGCAGUCAGCACAGGUCAGAGGUCACUAGUUUUCCUGUCAGAGUUAGCAAUGUCGCUAGAUUUCGUUGGUAUCAAUGUUUGUUUUGUAUUGAUUUUGUACUGAUGUUUAUAUUUGUGAUUUUUUUUUUUAUAUUACGUGUUUGUGUGUUUUUUUUUUUUUUUUCUUUUUUUUUCCGGUAUGAUGAGAUAUAAACGGUUGAGGGCAACUUAAGAUUAGCCAUAACACAACACAAUGCAUUAGUGUUUGUGUGUGUUUACUGUAUUUUGUCUUAAUGAAUGGAAGCUGGUUGAUUUUUUUUAAUACUCUGACUGAAAUGUGAACUAAAUUUUUGAAAAUUGUCCUUCUAUUAAAUUUACUGGAAAUGAGGGGAGAUGUUGAUUAAAAUUUUAUACUUUGAAAAUGAAA